CCGUUCGUCUGUCCAGCCAUUCAACUACGGUUGACGACUGUCGGCGACGGCAGGCGAGCUGUAUCUUAUUGUGCUGGGUUGUGUUUCGUUUUGGCCAACUGUUGUGCGCGCUCCUUUUGCCGUGUUGUGCUUCCGCUGUCGCUUGUGUUAUGCUCCGACCGCGCAGCGUGUUUGUGGCAGCCGCCAGCCAACAGGCAGUGCAAAGGCAGCCAGCCAACGUCAAGUGGAUUUCAUUUCAGUUUCAUUUCAAACGUCGUGCGGUGUUCAAGUAUGUUGCGGCGCGUCUCUUCCGCUUCUUCGAGUUGAAUUUCAUUUUAAACGCGUCCGUUUUCAAUUCUCUCGCAUAUAAAUACAUACCAACACACAUACCAACUCAUAAACUUUUGAAAAGCAUUUCAUUUUCAAAAAUAAAAAAUACCGUUAUUGUACGUAUAUUGCUGUGUGUACAACAACAGCCGGAAGCCGUUGCGGUCAAAAGGAAACGAGAAGCAACAAUAAAAAAGCUUAAUUCGAAACCAGCAGUUAUGGAAAUGUAAUUGCUACUAGAAAUUUCAUCAUCAUCAUUUUUGAAGACUCAUUGCAAGCAAAUACAAAUAUGAAGUGAGAAUUAAAAACAAAAAAAAGUGAAAAAUAUCUUUAAAAAAUUGAAAAUCAUAAAAUUUAUAUUCAGUGCGCUAGAUCUUCAGUAUCAUAUAAUAAAUAAUAAUAAAACGCUAUUACAGCGAAAGCGAAUUCUGUGAAUUAGUAGUCAACUGUUCCAUGCAUAAACACAAAAACAUAAAAACAUAUUUGAAUAGAAAACACUCUUCAUUAUAUUGAAUAAUUGAAUACAAAAAAUCCAAAACUCACUUCAUUGAUCACAAUCAAAACGGUUUGUAACAAGAACAACAUGCAAAUGCAAAUCAAUCGACCCACAGACAUACACACACACACAAAAUAAAACAAAACACUAAAGAAUAUACUUGCAAUCAGACGCCGGCGGCGGAGCAGCGAAGACGACCCUAAAGGAAUAAAAGGAGCACCAGAUCAUACGAUAACGGAGACGACGACGAUAAAGUCAGUGACGAAGCCGAAGGCGAAUGUGUAAAUACACCAACAAAUCCUGCAAUGUCAAUGCGAGUGCUUAAUACAACAACAAAAAUUAAAAGAACACGAGUUUAAUGUGACCAAGAGCACAAACAACCUGAGAAAUAAAAAACUAAAAUUGUUAAAAACAAACUCAUAGCUUCUCGAACAUCGAAACAGGAACAACAACCUUGAUUGCAUAUUGAAGCAUCCUCAAAGAUAUCGCAAUUCAACAUUAUCAAAAUAUUUUAAUAUUCACUCAAUCUAGUCGUUUAAAACAACAAAAUUUACCUACAUAAUUUAACAAACAGUUGACGCAACAUUUGCCUGCAACAUGUUGCUAGCCAAACGAAGAGGACCAUCUAGGAUGGUGGCCCACAACAGACUUAUCGGCAUGCUGUUGGCAGUGUUGCUGACUUUGGUGUGCAGCGCACCCGCGGAAGCAGCGAUAGAUGAAACACUGAGCGAACACGAAGGCAAAUCGGUGGUGAUACCCUGUCCGGUCAACAAAGCGAAAUGCGGUGAUCUGCACUCGAUAAACUGGUUUAAGGGCGACGAUCGCAUUGCGGCGAUGCUAUUGGGCGACAGCAAUGUGACGAGCGUAUCAGACGAGUAUGCGAACAGAGUCACAGUGGAGCAAAAUCCAUUUAGAUUAGUAAUAAAGGACUUAAAAAUAUCUGAUGAGGAUAUCUAUCUUUGUGAUACAACAUUUCUUAUACCAAUCGAAACGUGUGAUAAUUUCAACGGCUAUCGUGUCGAGUUGAAUGUCUUAGUGCCACCAACGGAGGUUGUGAUUCUGGAUGAGAAGGGCGAUCGCAUCGAGAAUGGUUCCGUCAUUGGACCCAUGCAGGAGCGGCAAUCAUUAAAAGUGUCGUGUGUCGUACAGAACACACGACCGCAACCACAGGUCGGCUGGUGGCGGGGGAAUAAGCGACUACUGACGCAUUCCGCCUCCUAUGUUGAGACGGAUGGCCUGUUUACUGCUACGCUGGAGUUGAAUUUGGAGUUGUCGCGUGACGAUCUGGCAAGAGAUAUUGAAUGUCGCGUCGAGUCAGCAGCUCUGCCAAAUAAGCUAAUCAAUAAGUUUCGUGUCGAUUUACAAGUGCGUCCGACGAGCAUAUCCAUCAAUGGUGUGGAGCAUCAUACGGUGCAGGGCAGCAAAGUGGUGCUGACAUGUGAUAUUCAUGGCGCUCGACCAGCAGUGAAUUUGACGUGGUUCAAUUCCUCAACAGUCAUAAGUCCCGAAGAGAACGAUUUAACCGAAAUUAGAACGAAGGCGUUCGAGAAGGACGACGGCACGUAUCACACGCAGUCGGAGCUUAUCUUCAACGCGACACGCUUCGAGAAUGACAUGAUUUUCCGGUGCGAUGCGGACAACGUGGUGCUGCAGAUAAACCGCGAAAAACCAUUCACAUCUUCGCUGACGCUGGAAGUCCUGUAUCCGCCAGUGGUUAAGGUCAGCCCACCCGAGAUUACGGUAAACACCAGCGACACCGUGCUGCUCAACUGCGAAUAUGUCGCAAAUCCGGCGUCGCUGACGCAAGUCAUGUGGUAUCGGAACGGUGAUUCAGUCAAUGUCAACGACACGGAACGCUACGAGGGUGGCAACUCCGAGAACGUUGCACUAGUUAUACGUUCUACAGACAAGGAGGACGUCGGCAACUACACCUGUCAACUAUCAAAUGCCAUCGGCAAGGGCAUCUCCGAGCAGCAAAUCGACCUGGAUGUACAGUUUGUGCCAAUUGUAGAAGUGCUGAUGAUACCCGAGGGUCCCGUUAAGGAGAGUGACGAAUCGAAUGUGACACUCUACUGCAACAUCUUAGAAGCUAAUCCGGCAUUGCUGACAAAAGUGCGUUGGUAUGCCAACUCAACGUUGCUCAAAGAGCUGCCCGAUUGUGAGGAGACAAAAGAGGACUUAUGCCAUAUCGACCCAAGCAAAUUGCUGUUGGAGAGCAUUGGACGCGGCUUUUUCUACAAUUACUCUUGUGAGGGCUACAAUGCUGCCGGUUGGGGACCACGUAGCGAAGAUAAAGAGUUAAUGGUACAUUAUGAGCCCGGUCCAGCCACGCUCACACACUUUCCGUUGAUUGCUGUGAAGAAGAAGAGUGUGACAUUUUCUUGCUCUGUCGACGAUCCUGGAUAUCCAGAAUCGAAUAGAUUCCGUUGGCAACGUGGUGGGCUUGGACCCUUGCAGGAUAUCGUCACCAAAGAUUGGACUGUGGAGCCGGUGGGUUUGGACAGCCGCACCAACUACUCCUGCUACGCAUACAAUGAGGGCGGUAAAGGCGCCAUGGCUAGCGUUAAUUUAGAAGUGCAUGCACCACCAUUCUUCAUCAAGAAUCUGGUGCCAUAUACGGGCAUGUUGCACACAUCGCGCACAGCAAAUCUAACAUGUCGUAUCGAAUGUGUGCCACGCUGUGAAAUCACCUGGUUGAAGGGCACCGAGCCCAUUGAAAAGAACGACACGCGGUACUUCAUCAAGGAGAAGUACGUGGACGCGUCACCGGCGACGGGUGACUUUGAGAGCAUGCUCUCAGUGCUGCACUUCAAUAUGUCAAAUUGGCCCAAUCAAAAGUUCGACAUCGAAUCGGAUAGCGCGAACUACACUUGCGUAUCUACAGGAAACACCGUUGGACCCGGCAUCAAAAGCGCCACUUACUUUUCCAUUGAAUAUGCGCCGGAGAAUUCAACCGUUUCGGAGGAGAAGGUUUACGUGCAGGAGGGCACUAUACCCGGACGUGUCAUUUGCAAUGCCAAGGCUAACCCGAGCGCUCACUACAGUUGGUACUUCAACAAUACGAAACUGGGGCAGGAUCAGGCUUUAAUCAUCAACACGCCAAUGACACGCAAUGACUCCGGCGUCUACACAUGUGUUGCCUCCAAUAAGCACGGCAAGAGCACGGUCGAAACAAUCAUCGAUGUACAAUUUAAACCACGUUGCGAUAUUGAAAGGCACGAGAUCGAUGACCAGGAUACACUAAUUUGCACAGCAUUCGGAAAUCCUGUAGAGGCUGAUUUUUCAUGGUCAAUUAAAGCGGAAAAUGACAGCGCCGAAUGGCUGGGCAGCGGCGAGCGGCAAGGCUUUACGGACAAGAGUUUUUAUGUGCUGGACGAUGACUAUGCGAUCGCUCGUACUUACCGUUGCGUUGCCAAUAACACCGUCGGCCCGGGGUCAUUCUGCGAAAUCGAAGUGGCCGCGGGUUCACCACUUUAUGUCUGGUGGCGAGAACAACUAGCAUGGUGGCAACGUUGGGAUAAGACCACACUAAUCAUUUUGGUGGCCUCGAUAUUGGCGCUACUUUUGGCCGUGAUAAUAAUCUGUUGUAUCAUCAUUUGCAUAUGCCGCCGACGCAGACGUCAAGAUAAAUUACAAGACAAGUCAUCUUCACUGGGGGAUCCAUUGACGGAACCUGGCGAGUAUGAGAAUCUACCGUUUCAUGGUCUGCAAACGGCUCCUAACAAGUUAUCUACGACUCUUACAAAUUUUAAUAACAACACCAAUGUGGUGCGCGUCGCUCCACGACCCAAGAGACUCAAUGGAAAUAUUGGCCCGCAACAGCACCAGCUGCAGCAGCAGUACGAGCAGGACCAGUACGACCAGCAGUUUCAAUAUCAUCAACACCAACAGCAUCAUCAACAACAACAACAGCAUCAAUACAAUACCAUGCAAUAUGUCGGUGCCGGUGGACGAGUGAUAACAACGAAUCCCCAGCACCAGCAAUCGCACACAAUGAAUUCCCACAACAAAGGCAUGCUGCCGCAUCACCAACAACAUCAACAACAGCAGCAGCAGCAUAUGCUGAUAUCAGCAGCGGAUGGGGCCAGCGGCAGCGUCGGCGGCGGCACGGUUGGCGCAGGCAAUACAGAUCCUGGUGGCAGCGCUUAUAUGAACGGCAGUGUCGGCGGCGGCGGUGCACCCCAUCAAAUUACAUACAAUCUGAAUAAUUGCUUUCCGAAAAGCUACACAGAAUAUUAUCACCAGCAGCAACAGCAGAAGAACAAAAAUGGCGCCUCGAAUAACACUUCCAGUGCGCAAUUGUUGAAUGCCAUCGAACAUGACUACCCCACCUACGCGGUGGUUGAACGUAAUACCGCUGCUGCUAGCGCUACCGAUAUGGGCGGAAUUGAUGGUCAUAGUCCGCGUGCUGGUCCAGCGCCCAUCCCAGCAGCGGUCAGCACCAACCCAUUCUUGGCCAUCAGCAAUUUUAAAAAAUAUGACACUAGCGGUAGCACGACGGAUAAUGCGUAUCAGCCGCACAUACUGGACAUAACUGGUAGUAGUUCGAUGCAGCGCAGUGGCAAGCGGAAACCCAUACUGGAUGGCAAAAUGGAGGAUAAGAAAUUCUACUCGCUGAAAUUCACCGGCGGUGGCGGUAAGCAUAAACCACCGCAUGUGGUGCACAAGUCACCGGCGAGUGGUUUGUUGAACGCGUCUGUGAUUUUGCACGGUGGCAGCAGCAGCAAUGGUGGCAAGUGUAAGCGACAUCAUUCUUUUGCUGGUGGUAGCAUUGGCGAUAUUGACUCCGCCGGCCCGGGCGCCCAACACAACGCCCACCAGGUGAAAUCUUCGGCUUUGAUGCGCUUCUACGAUCCGCCCGCUUAUGAGAACUUGGCUGGCGACAGUACGGCCGCAGUGCAGGUGCACGAGUGCGCCGUAGAGGCGCAUCCAUCGCCCGCCGCUGGCGGUAUGAGUGGCACAGCCACCAUAUUGCUACAUCCGCAGCCUACGGCUAGCGGCAACGGCGGAAGCACUAGUCAUGCAACGGCUGGACAAACGGGCCACAAGAAAAAACAUCACCAUCGCCAACACCAGCAGAAGGAUGAUUUCAAUUUGAUCGAACCGGAACGGCUGAGCAUCUAUCGCAGCGACUCGGGCAUUUCGAAUAGUUCAUAUGAGUGUGUUACGCCGGUGCCACCACCGCCGGGCAACACGCGCACCGCAGCUGCACUGAAUGGCACGCCGCCACCAAAAACACCGAAAGGCAACAAAUUAGCGAAACACGCGUCCUCUGCUAGUAGCGGUCCCAGCGCCAUCAGUCUCGUCAAUGGAGUUAAUUAUAAGAAGUCUCUACGUCAACUUGGCGGCAGUAGGUGCAACAUUGCGAAUGCUACAGCCAGUGGUACCUCGCUGCCCGUUUAUAUGAAUGUGGAUGGUCAGCCUGGAAGCGCGUUCGAACGCUCAUGUUCGCCCAGUUCCAACCUAGUCAAUUCCUCGUAUGAGUCGGCUUCGUCUUCACAAAAUGACGGCCAUGGCGGACAGGGCUCAACAGAUCCGACAUCCUUGUCCUCAUGCAAUUCAUUGUACAGUAGCGGUACUGGUACUCUAAUAGGUGUGGCUCCACUCAUGAAGACGGGUGUGGGCCUAACGGCGCCCCGUUGUGGUCUGCAUCAAAAAACCGCCGAAAUUACAACGCCGGAGGAGUACGAGCAAUAUCAGCUGGGCCACCACCGUCACUCUGCCUCCUCGCUCAGUGUGGCAAGCACGGUGAGUGCCAGUGGAACGCGUCGUUGUAAAAAACAACAAGGCAUGUUAGCGCCAGCGGGAUCCGUUACAGGAAUUGAGCAUUAUGCUAUUGGCGUCACUAAUCCAUUUCUAGCAAGCGAACGCGGUGCAACAGCGACCGGCUGCGUUGCCAUCACCGCCGCCUCCGCCGACGGGUACAGUGCCCACGGCAGAGAUAAGAAACUACGACGAAAGACUAUCAGCGACCCCUACGCACAUAUCCGCUAUAUCACCUACAGCAGGCGCGCCGCCAACAACAGCUGCAACAACGGCGCUACCGAUUGCCAAGCACACGCCCACAAUUAUCGUGCCAAAUGUGCUAGCAAUGCGCCCGAGGCAACAACAACAGCAGCAGCACAUCAUCAGCAACAGCAAGUUAAAUUACAACAACAACAUGACAACAACAAUAGCCGCAAACAUCAACAGCAUCAACAAUCGUUGCUAAUCCCGCGAAAAUUACACAACAACAACAAAGAGCACGGUGACAACGACGAUGAGGAUGUUGACGAGCACAACAACAAGGAUGUUGCAAUGUUCCAACAGCAACGACGCAGAUUAGUACCUUUGGGUGGUAAUGCUGAUGAGAGGAAUAUUGUUGUUGUUACUAAGGAGACUGCCACCACAGAAGACCGCACGUGUGACGCGAAUGUUGCUGGCGAGGCCGAUGUCAGCGCGAAAGCAAUGCUGCCACAUGUCGAAGAUGUUCAAAGUGCAAAAACAACAACAGCCGCAUAUGCCGCACACGGCGAUUAUCUAGGACGUCGACCAGUUAAGUUGCCGCUACGCAAAUAUCAUACUUUCCACUUCCAGCCUUCGCAAACGGUCGCCGGCACACUGCGUCACUGCCAAUUGCAGCAAUUACGUAUUCAAAUGCAACACAGACAACAACUACAACACUAUGCGCUACCCGCGACUCAAGCCGACAAUGCUGAGCUUAUGGCUUUCCGCCAAUCACCAACCGCCAUAACUGCCGAAACUGCAGUUGCAGCACGUCCAACCAGACGAUAUGCAACCGAAGGUGGACCGCUAGUCUUUCGCCCACUCUCCUGGCACGAGCAGCGCACCUUCAAGCCAAUAUCAUCACCAGUUGACGCUGUCGAAGCGGCAGCCGACCUCCCCACGACAACAGAAACAGCGUUAAGUGAGAAAAGCCGCGCAGAGGAGGAAGAAGAAAAGUCUGAAUUGAGCGAGGAACUCUCAGACGAAAUCAAACAAAUCACUAGAAGUGCACAAUUACCGCAUGUAAGCCUUAAUCCUGCCGCUUCGCUGGAGGCGCUCGAAGCGCUCACCAAACACCAUCCCGAGUUAAUUUAUGCCACCAAACCGGGUACACGCCAAAAUCUGCACAAACAACUUGCGCUGCCGGAACAGUGGACACACCAAAUGGACGUUGAAAAUCACCCAACCGCCAGCCAAACUCUAUCACAGGACUUCACCGCACCGCGAAGUGAUAGUGACGCUAGAGUGGAGGAAAUCGCGGUAAGUACUACGCUCGAAGCUCAGUGCGACGAUGAGGAAGAUCUCGGCUAUUCCUUCUGCGAGGACGACGAUGAAGAUGAUGGCGUUGAGGAGCUGGUGGUCAAGCCUGUUAAGAGCGGAGAAAAUGAACCCGCUGAGGAGCAACGCACAAUCACACAUACGUCGGAGUCGCCUCGCGUGGUGCUCUCUGCGGGGCGCAAUGGUGGCCACGUGAAAUACAUGCUGCGGCAAAGUUACCGCGAAGUGCACAUUUAAACGCCACAAACAGCGAAAGCCUCUUGAUAUGCUACAAUUUGGCGUAGAAUUUUAUUAGGAUUAUAAGCCAUCAACCAUCCAACAUUAUACAUACAAACAACAAAAAUAACACAGCUUGGCCAGUAAUAACUGUAAAUAAAUACCAAAAAUUACAAUUUAGUGUGAAGUGCACGUUGUCCAGCUCGGACAAUAAGCGCCCAUACAUACGUACAUGUAUAAGUUAAAUCGACAAGUGUCCGAUUUUGAAGAUCCCUAUAAAGGCAGUAACACGUACAUUUUCUAACACAAAGACGAAAAGUAUUUUUGCAAGAUACAAUACAAAAACGCAAAAAAAUAAAUAAACAUUGCACUUGAACAACAAAACUUUCAUACAAAUGUACAUAAUUGUCUUCUAACUACAAACAUACCUGUAUAACUGUAAACUAAGGUGCAUUGAAAUGUUGAGAUAUUUUCGGAGAGCCUCUGAGUGCUGCGGAGUUCGAUGAUGAGCUAAUCUAUGCUGAUUUAGAGAGUCAACAUUAUGGACCAAUCAACUACAAGGCCGCUUCGAUUUAUGCGCUAGUGAAAAAGGAUAAGAAAAACGGUGCUUUGAAUGAGG